AUGAAACUACUCGCUGCUCCGAAAUGUCUAUCCGACGCGGUAGCGCCGCUCGUGACCCUAAACUAUAUAGUAGGAUUUCGCAUUUUCGAAUAUCCUCGUGGAAAACUGCACACCCUGCUCAGCCUGAUUUACUUUCUACUCUUACUCGGCAUCUUCAGCGUGUCUAUAUACAGGACACACAACUUCUACCAGCAGAUUAAGCUGCUGAAGCUGGAGUACAUCUUGUACGAGUCCAUGGUCUGUAUGCUUUCCUUCGUCGUUAUGUACGAGAUGGUUCUUGGUUACUUUUAUACAGAGACAAUCAACGCGUGCUACCGAAAACUCGCACAAAUCGACGAGACGUUGCGACGAUUUGGAUUAAUUAUCAACUAUAACGAUAUGUACUUUUUGUCCAUCUGUGUUGUGUUCCUCUGGUUCUUGUACAUCUUAUCCUCAAUCAUCGUAACGUCGGUACAGUUACACACAGAUCUGCUAACUAUGAUCUUGAUAAAUGUGGCGCAAUCGUAUGUAAUAAACAUCAGUUUCGUCAUUGUCUUCGAAUUCAUAUUAUUUGUUAGGUACCUGCAAACGAGAUUAAAAUUAAUUAAUGAACUCCUGAGCAAAGGUGCGGCCGUGUCAACGACGGAAGAAAUGUCUCUCUUCGUUACGAAGGAUUACGUUAAAAUAAUGGACAGCACACAACGUCGGGACAUUCUUCCCAUAAAAACGUUUCUCAGGCAGGUGCAUCUGGAACUAUACAGGGUAUUAAAGACACUGUGCACCAGCUUUGGCAUACAGAUCACUACGGAAAUCGGAAUCGCUGUUAUUUUGAUCACUGUAUUAUUGUAUAAUUUAUACAUUGUGGUGAUCCAACGACCACAAAGAGCAAUAGGCUUCUGCCUGGUAGAUCAAGCGUCUGUCUUGAUUUUGGUAACAGCAACUAACAUAUUGAAGAUCAUCUUCAUAAAUUGUGCUUGCAAACACGUGAUUAAUGAGGGAAAGAAGACUAGCAUGAUCAUCCACGAGAUUUACGGUUGUUGCUCGGAUAUUGAUAUGCGAGAAGAGAUUCAGCAAUUUGAUCUUCAGAUAUCGCUAUGCCCGGUAGAGUUCUUCACAUUUGGCAUCUGCUUAAAUGGCCAACUUCUCAGCACGUGUUUAAAAACUGUGACGACUUAUAUGGUUAUCAUGAUACAAAUGAGCAACUCACUGGAGUCAAGUAGAAACAGCUGA